AAGUUCAAACAACUUGUUUGUAAUUUUUGAAAUAACCAGGCGUGGCCCUUCAAGCUGAGUUUGAAACGAAUAUUUUGUCGAAUUUUUAAUUUAAGACAACGACACUGUUCAAAACAUGGUUUUAGUAACACGAGUUCUGUGACUUAUAUAGCUACGGCUUUGUGUGUGAAAAAAAAAAAAGAGUUAAAAGGGCGUGAACUCUUAGUGUUUUGAAACAAGGGAUAACAAUGUACGGAAAGAAAGCACCAUCAACGUACCGAUCGACACCUUCAGUAUACUCGCAUUAUACUGGAAAGUCAUCCACGAACCUCCGUUCGUCAAAGUCGGUUAAAUCACUCCGAGUACCAUGGUAUCAGAAGCCAAUCCUUCAUGAUGCUUUUUUGUUGGACUUACAAAGAGGCUCGCUUCUUACUGGCUUUUUUUCUGUGUUUAUUGCCAUAUUUACGUUUGCCCAAAGCAUUUUUGAUCUAUACUGCCUCGGCAUGGCGGCACCAGGCUCUGUGCAUUAUGGAUAUUAUGUGAUGAGUUAUCAGUUUGUCUAUGUUGGCAGCGCUCCUGUGCGUAACGUUUUAAUAGUGUUUGCUCUGUUUUCCUGGAUCGGAUCCGUCGCUGUGCUCGUUACAAGCAUAUUGCUUAUCAUUGCUCUGCGGAAGGAAUACGAGAAGAAGAUCGUGCCGUGGCUGUACACGUUCGGCGUGUUCAUCUUGUUCCGGUUCGUCGCAUUCCUGUUCGCGGCCAUCGUCAACGACAUGAUAUUCGCGUACAACGUGCUGAUGUGCCUGUGCUGGAUCGUGCUCUGCGCGUGCGGCGUGUACGGCUGGCUGCUGGUGUACAGCCUGUACCUGGAGCUGAGCGAUCUGACGAAGCUGGAGGAUUUGGCGCAUUUGCGGAUGGGUACGAUGGCGUCGCUGAACGCGUCGCUAGCGGGGUCCCGCCCCACCACGCCGCACUCCACCGUGUCCACGAUGCCCGCCUCGCAGAUGUGAGACCCGGAGCCCGGGCCCCGGCCCCGGCCCAGCCCGGACGAGGCGCAGCCCCUGCUGCACGACACCGCCGACACCGCCGGGGGGGGCCGCGAGACUGCCGUGUGAUGCUGGACACCUUGCAGUCGGACAUUUUGCGAUUGAUUAAUUUGUUCCCGGCUGCGCCCGGAUAGCAAGGUAUCUGUUUCAUCCCAAGGGGGCAUUUAAUCGGGAU